AAAAUAGUCAAACAUGUUUACUUUCUUCUGGACUGGUUUUGCCUGAUAAAAGCUGCUAUGGCUUUUUGUAACGAAAGCCUGCCAGAGGAGUGUAGCUUCAUGGAGCCAGGUGGAGAGGAAGCAGCAGAAAGCCUCCCAUCAGAAGCUGCUCCUCCCCUCAUAUCCGUCACUCUCCGUGUGACCCUGGCAGCAAUAAUGAUCUUCAUGAUCACGAUUGGUUUCCUGGGCAACGCAAUCGUGUGUCUGAUUGUUUAUCAGAAACCUGCCAUGCGCUCUGCCAUCAAUCUCCUCCUCGCCACGUUGGCCUUCUCUGACAUCAUGCUCUCUCUGCUCUGCAUCCCCUUCACUGCCGUCACCGUGGCCACGGCUGACUGGACUUUUGGGAGCGGGUUCUGUCGAGCCUCCAUCAUGCUGUACUGGCUGUUUGUCCUGGAGGGGGUGUCCAUCCUCCUCAUCAUCAGCGUGGACCGUUUUCUUAUCAUUGUGCAGCGGCAGGACAAGCUGACCCCACACAGAGCGAAGGUGUUGAUAGCAGGUUCAUGGGUGCUGAGCCUGUGUAUGUCCCUGCCGUCUGUGGUCGGGUGGAGGACAGGUGCAGCAGGAAUCGGGGGCGCCUGGGCACCGCAGUGCGUACUGGGCUACAGCGAGUCUGUGGCAGACCGUGGAUACACCGUGCUUUUAGCGGUAGCAGUCUUCUUUGUGCCAUUUGCUGUCAUGCUGUACUGUUACAUGUGCAUCCUGAACACGGUGCGCCGCAACACCCUGCGCAUUCACAACCACACCAGCGAGCACUCCUGCCUUCCAGCCCUCAACCAAGUCAGCAAAAUGAGACUCACCGGGCUGCAGCGCCCACCUAAGAUCAAAGUGGACAUGAGCUUCAAAACUCGGGCCUUCACCACCAUCCUCAUCCUCUUCGUCGGCUUCUCUGUGUGCUGGUUGCCUCACACGGUGAUGAGCCUGCUGGCCGUGUUCAGCCGGCACUUCUACUACAGUCCUCUCUUCUACCCAGUUAGCAUCGGAGCUCUGUGGCUGAGCUACCUGAAGACCGUGUUCAACCCCGUCAUCUACUGCUGGAGGAUCCGAAAGUUCAGGGAGGCCUGCCAGGAGUUCAUCCCCAAAAGCUGCAGACUGUGUCCCCGAGUGCCUGGCAGGAGCCACAGACGAGUGCGACCCAGCAACAUUUACGUGUGCAGCGAGAGCCAGUCAGCUGUGUGAGCCGACGAGGGCCAGUUUGUUCUGUUUCUGACUCCGUUUCCAGACGUUUUUACCUUUUAACUAGAGUUAAAACUGUUCAAACUUCAAUGUAAAAAAAAGAAAAAAAAAACAGUUCACCUUUUCUAUAAAAUGAUUAUCUAAAUAAUGAAUGCUUA